GGGAGCUGCUGCUGCUGCUGCUGUUGAGGCUCGGGGGCGGCGUGUGACGGUGAGAGCGGGGCAGGGAUCCCGGCGGAGAGGAAGGCGCCCCUCCCUCCUCCCUCCUGCUCCCCCUCCGCAUCUUCUUCCCAGCCUCAUGGAUUACCAGAUCCCCCGGGAAGCAGGAGGCUCAGCUCCAGGAGAUCCGCCGCGAGGGGCUUCCCGAGAGUGAGGAGGAGGAAGGCGCCCUCCACCCACAGCAUCCCCACCAUGGACAGCCUCCUGGAGCCCUUCCCCUCCGAGCGCCUCUUCCCCGGCGGCGCCCCCAGUUUCCUGGACCUGGGAGACCUCAAUGAGUCCGAUUUCCUCAACAAUGUGCAUUUCUCUGAGAGCUUCGACCACUUCUCAGAGAACAUGGAGGACUUUUCUAAUGAACUCUUCAACAGUUUCUUUGAUGACCCUGUUCUGGCUGAAAAGAACCCUCUGCUGGACAUGGAUCUGGACCCUCCUACUCCUGGCAUCCAGGCAGAGCACAGCUACUCCCUGAGUGGAGAUUCUGCCCCACAGAGCCCCCUCAUGCCAGUCAAGACAGAAGAAAAUGAGUUGGAAAAUGGUAUGUGGUCUCUCCAGCACAAGCUUUGUUCCAUCAUGGUGAAGCAAGAGCAGAACAUGGCUCCUGAACUCCCUGAGACCCAGAUGUCAGCUAAUGAGGUCCCCAUGUUGAACCUCAGCCCACUGCAAAGGUUGCCAGUCCCUGAAGAGGCUCCCAUAGAGAUGACACCCCAACCUGUAAUUAAAGCUGAGCCCAGAGAGGUGAACCAGUUUCUAAAUGUGCCAACAGAUGAUUUGGUGCAGAUGCCUCCUACCCCUCCCAGCAGCCAUGGCAGUGACAGUGAUGGAUCGCAGAGCCCUAGAUCUUUGCCUCCCUCCAGCCCUCCUCGCCCCACUGCUCGUUCCUCCACAGCAAUCUCUUCUUCUCCUCUCCUCACAGCACCACACAAGCUACAAGGGACUUCAGGGCCCCUGCUCCUAACUGAAGAGGAGAAACGUACUCUGGUUGCUGAGGGCUAUCCCAUCCCAAACAAGCUUCCUCUCACCAAAGCAGAGGAGAAAGCACUGAAAAGAGUUCGACGGAAGAUCAAGAACAAGAUUUCUGCUCAGGAGAGUCGGAGGAAGAAGAAAGAAUAUGUGGAGUGUCUGGAGAAAAAAGUUGAAUCAUAUACAUCUGAGAACAAUGAAUUGUGGAAGAAAGUGGAGACGUUAGAAAAUGCCAAUAGGACUCUCCUCCAACAAUUACAGAAGCUACAAACUUUAGUAACAGGGAAGGUUUCAAGGCCGUACAAAAUGGCUUCCACACAGACAGGGACCUGCCUGAUGGUCCUAGUUGUAUGCUUUGUCCUGGUCCUGGGCUCCCUGGUGCCAUGUCUCCCAGAAUUCUCUGCAACAUCACAGACAGUAAAAACAGCACCAACAGCAGACAUUUAUACAACUAGUAAAAUUCAGUCCCGGAGCCUUCUAUUCUACGAUGAACACGGGGGCUCCUUAGAGGAGGGCUACAGCUCCUUCAUCUCUGUGGAACAUCCUGAAAAGUGGGAAGCUGGAAAAAAUGGAGAGGAAGAGCAGCCACCUCCAGAGCUUGUGCACAGUCCACUGGUUGUGCCUCAUGAAACUGCCAAAUAUCUGCACAAAUCUCAGCAGGAGGGAACAAAUCAGACCAGCACAGCUGUCACUCAUCCCAAGGAGCAAUUCCAUGAGAGAGAGAGAACCUCCAGUGAUGCAGCGGAAUACUUAUAGCAGUUGCCAGUCCUCAGGGCCUCUUCCGUCUGGCUGCAGAUCCUUUCCCAGCUGCAUGAUUAAAAGCAGCAAUCCUCUGCACACUGACCUGGGAGUAAGUCCCCUUGGACCCAGAGGGCCUUACUCCUGAGUCCACCUGCUUAGGAGGGAGUACACUGUAGGGGGAUUGGGGCUGUAAUCAUAAACAUACUUUCUAAGGAUUUAGACAGGUUGAACAUAGUGAAACCUACUUCUGUGUAAACAUGCAUAGAACUGCACUGUCAGUGGGAAAGGAUGCUUCAUUUAGACAUCUCUAAAUUCGCCUUGAGUUCAGCGUCUUGUCCCUUCUCCCCUUUGUUCCCCAGUGCCAACACUGGUCUUUCUGUUGAGAUUCACCUUGAUUUGCAGGGAUAAAGAGUUGGCAACAUAAACAUUAAUCUCUAAUUUUUCCCUUCCACACUUGAUCAAUGUGGCCACUGGUUAUAAUUUUUCCUCCCUAUGUAAUAGGUCACCAGACAUUCUCCACUUCUGGCUGCACAGUUCCAAUUACGUACUGUGUAAACUAACUCCAGCCACAUGUAUGUCAAUUUCAAGAAAAAAAUCAUUUCUUCCUUCUGAAAUUGUAUUCUGUAUUGUCUUAAUUUUUGUAUGACACGUGACAUUUUUAAAAGCUGUAAAAUGAAGGUGGAACAAAGUUACGUGAUUAAGUGUCCAGUUAGGAAUAAGAAUAGUUUGCAAAGGAAAUUUUCACUUGUUUCAUCAGAUAAAAAUUCAUAACAUCAACCAUUGUGUUACUUGUGUGGCUGCACACUUGGUAUCAAACAUACUGAACUUCAUGGAUUUGUUUCUGAGAGUAAUAUACUACCAAUGUAGUCUUGUCUCAUCUUCUUGCCAAAAUCCUGAUUCAUUUUUUUUUAAGAUUCUGUUUUGAUGCCCAUUUUUUCUUUCACCAGAAUUUAAUCAUUGUAGAAAAAAUGCAUAUUCUUUCUAAGAUGAAAGUACCAUGCACAGUUCAGUGCUUGGAAGCUUUUGCAGGAAUGCUUUGGAAACCCUCACAUAAUGGGAUUAAGAAUCAAUGUCCAUCAUAUUUUCAGUUCCUUCCAAUUCCAUGUAUCCUUCCAAUUCCAUUCUCUUCAGGUAUUUGGAUUUAAUGACGUCCUUGUUUGCUCUUGUAGUUUACCCUGAGAACAUGAGAGUACAACUGGAAGGAUCUCUACAACACUUGUGAAAACAAGUCAGUCUGACUGUGCCCACUGGUGUAGCCACAGAUGGUUUGGAUGUACACAUGUUUCCUGAACAGCUCCAUUCUUGUACUGUUUUCCUAGUGCCAUUUGAGACAGAAGUAUGAAAUUGCAGGCUUCACUUAAAUUUCUAUUUUAGUAGAAAUGCAAGAAUCAGUACUUGGUCUAUGGCCCCUAGAAUUCCCCAGUAAGCUUGCCAGUACAUUGGCAACAGCAUUUCCAGCUCUGAUAGGAGUGGAGUGAUCCUCUAUAGCCAUUCUUCAAUGAAGUCCACCAGGGCCAAUAUACCACUGCAGCUCCCCCCAUCCCACUUUCCUCGGCCCAAAACUAGCACAAAGAACCACUCUUCCAUUCGUGCAUAUCCUUUUUAUCUAUUCAGAAAUUCUACUGGGCAUAGCCCAUGUGUGCCUCCAAUUCACAAUGUUGUACAGAGACCAAAAGCAGAAAUUGUUUGUACAUAAUGAACCUUAUUUUGUAUUAUUGCCAAUCCCUUAAGAUAUUGUAUUUUGGAGACUCUCAGAUCCUAUUUUCUGUAUUGUAUUUUAUUAAGAUUUAUUGCGGGCUUGGCCUCUAUGAACUUCCUCCCUUUGCAGGGUCCUGUUUCCUCUUAGCCUACCAGCUGAUGUUUGCUUUGUUCUGGUUUUAAUAUAUCACUGUUUUCCUCCUGUUACUAGCUCUGCAAUUGCUUUCAAGCAGCAAAAUUAAAAAAAAGAUUCAGCAUCA